UUUCCAAAUUAAUUUUGUGGGAAAUUCCCACUCAAAAUUAUUGAAGCUUAAUUUGGCUUCGGUUUUUUAUUUUUUUUAUACCGAGAUCUCGGGGGAUUUUAUGCCGGUUUUUUCUUUUUUCUUUUUAUUUAACGUUUUUUAUGUUCUUCAUCUGUUUUACUAUCUGUUUUAUUCGUAUUUUUAUUCGUUUUCCUGCUGCGCGCGCUAAAAUUGCAUAAAAUAAAAAUUUUAAUUUUUUUUUUGAAAAAUAAUAAUUUUCAAUAAUUUGAAGGUGCAGGCCUUUCGUGGACGUGCAGAUGCUUGGCCUGCUCAGCACAGCUCUACAUGGCCCUGAAGUGUUCUGCAUGGAGCUGCUGACAUCCGGUGGUUUUUAUUCCUUUUAUUUUUUAAAAUUAAAUUACCUAAAUAAUUUUUUUUAUUUUUAUGUAUUUUUUGCUUGUGGUGGCGUGUCUCAACAUGGAUGUUCUUCAUGGUCUGGCUGGGAUGGUGGCCAACUUGCUAUUGGUGGUGGUCAAUAUGCUACUGGUGGUGGUCAAUAUGCUAAUGGUGGUGGUCAGUAUGCUAUUGGUGGUGGUCAAUAUGCUAUUGGUGGUGGUCAAUAUGCUAUGUUGGUGGUCAAUAUGCUUUUGGAUGGAUUUGGUGGUGGCUGGCUGGUUUUAAAAUUUUUAAAAAUUUUUAAAAUAAAUAAAAUUAAAUUUUUUAUUAUUUAAAAAAAUUUUGUUUGUUGUGGUGGUAUGGUCAAGAUGCUCUUCAUGGUGGUGGUCAAAAUGCUCCAUGGUGGUGGUCAAGAUGCUCUUCAUGGUGGUGGUC